AUGGCAACAGCUUCCCCGAAGCAGGUGCCGGCAGCGCAGCCGCCCGCACGGCAAGUGCCAGUUGAGACACCUCCAGAGGCCACCAAGCCCGUGCAGGCAAGCAAGGCCGCUGUGCCCCAGACAGCGAGCCCCGAGGCCCCUGCGCCCACGCAGGAGAAACCGGUGGCAAAGGCACCACCAGCCCCAGCCCCGGCGACUACAACGGUUGCGGCCGCGGCGACGCUUGCGAAGCCGGCAGCGCCUGUAGAAAGUUCGGCCGCUGGCGAUGCAGAACCCGUAUUUGACGAGGCAGACCUAGAUGUGCCGUAUGUUACGGUUCAAUUCAAGCUUCCGGAUGGUACACUGCAAGACGUCUACUUCCUCACAUUUCCGUUUGGUUUCGACCUCAACAAGACCAAGCCCAUCACCGUGAG